AAGAACGGGAGGCGUCGCAAAGAACGCUGGACCUGGAUGGUGCUAGGCGCGCGGAGAGGGAGGGGAAGGGUGGUGAUGGGGAGAAGGGGAAAGCGAGAGGUGGUAGUGCGAGUUCGACGGAGGCGAAGGAAGGGCAAGAGAAGGGCGGGGAGGGGAGGGAGAAGUGAUGGCUGGGGGAAAAAGAAGGUUAUCGCUAUCGAAAUUGGAAUGCUACCCGCGACUGGACGAGAUCUUUGAUGGCCGCGAAGUGUCGGAACGAAGAACACCUUAAUACUGGACCCCGAAGAAAGAAACGAGACAGGGAGCGGGGAUCAAGAUCAGGGCAUGUGCAUGGGCGAUCUCGGGAUGAUGGGAAACGCGCAUGUCACUGGCAUUCUUUCGUCUCAAAAUUCCCCAGAAAAUCAAGCUGGUGUGCCAGGAACAGACCAACCUGACUUAACACACAGAAUAGUCGAUGCGAAAAAAGAGCGGCGGACCCUUGCAUUGCGGAAGUUCUCGGUCCCGCCGGGGGCAGGUCGAACACUGAAGACUUCCAAAAAUCACACGGUCGCACCGGCAUCCUGCGGCGGAUCGAUCCUAGGCCAACAUCCAGGGACACCCGAUUGUGACCCCGCUACAUAUUCCCGCGGUGGAUCCCGUCCGUCUGCCUGGAUCCCAUGCUGCCCCCGGCCAGCACCCAGCGCCCAGCGAGAAAGUGGUGCGACUUUGGCACGAACGAGAAUAUCAGACCACCAUCGGCCGGUGUCCUUCAGCCCGACAAUAGGACUGCACCACGCGAGACCACCGGCCAUCAGAUCAUUGAGUUCUUCUCGGCGCAUGAUGACGCAGGGAGAGAGAGGAUUUAAGAGGGACAUUCAAGAGAACCAUUCACGUUUCGAGCAUUACCAAAUCGACAAGACGACGAUCACCAGUGUUUAAAGGACUCGGCAGCUUUUGAGUCAAGUGUUUGUACCGAUACAUUCGAGGGAUUUGACUAGCAUUGGGAGACCUCAAACACCACGAAAGAACACCACCAAUCUCAUCCCCGCCAAUAGCGAAUAACACCGCCAACAUGGGUCUCAUGAGACACAUGAACCACAUCGACCGCGAGGAACUCUACACAGACCUCGAAGCCCGCAUCCGCUACCUCCACAGCUUCCUCGA